AUGUAACGAUAAGAGUCAUAAAAGAAUCAGGAAAUGAUAGUUAGAUUCCUUAACUUUUGUGCUAUCUUAAUUUAAAAGAAUGUGAAGGGAUACAUUUAAAGAUAGAGACAUAAAAUUAUAAUGAUGCAUAUCAGAAGAUUCAAAGCUAUUUUAAAUGGAUUUAUUCAAGGUUUUUCAUCAAUUCUAUUUAUUAGGAUAUAGGACUAGAUAAAUAUUGAAAGUCCCUGAUGUGGCUAAGUUAAGAUAAAAUAUUAUAGAAACUGAUGAUGGAAGUAUAUAUUUCAAGAAUUAUAUUAAGCAUAUGGAAAUCCAUAAAUAAGACAAAAAAAGAUAAGAUUAAUAAGAAUGAUUGAAAACUAUUUAUAGAAUGGCCAAUUUUACAAAAAACUAAAAAGAGUGAAGAGUUCUUAGAAAUAAUUCGUUCCUAAUCAAUAUUUGGAUAAUGAAUUUGUUAGUUAAGACUAAAAAUUCUAAUAAAAUUAUUACAAAAAAGCUUAAAAACAACCACUUUAAUAAAACUAAGUUGAGCAUCAAUAUUAUGAUUAGCUAAUACAAAAUGAAUAUUCAGAAUAACCAUAACAAUAUUAUUAAGAGUAUAUGCAAUAGAAUUCUUAAAUUCAUGAUAAAAGCCAUUCCAAUUCUAAUUUAUCAGGAUAAUAUCAUCAAUCAUAAAGAUUUGAUAAUUAAUAAGAUGAAAGACCAAUUAGAUCAAAAAAUUAAACUAAUUUUUCAAUUCAAGAUAGGACAACACCUGAAAGAAAUUCAUAUGAUGGUGAUAGACCAAUAUGUGGAAAGGGUAAAUAUACUUAUGAAGAAGAUGAUCGACCAAUAAAUGCAAAAAAUAAUGCUAAUAUUUAUAAUAAUUAUGAAGAUGAAAGACCUAUUGCUUCAAAAAAGGCAAAUAAUUAUUAUGAAGAUGAUAGACCUAUAGCUGCAAAAAAUAUAAAUGCAUAUAAUUAAUAUCAGGAUGAAAGACCAAUCAAAAAAGGAAAAGAUAUUUAUUAAUAAGAAUAAGAAUAAUAUGUAGAUAAUGAUAGACCAAUUGCAAGUACAGGAAAAUAUCAAUAAUUUGAGGAUGAAAGACCAUUAGGUGGUAAAGGUUAAUAUGAUAUACCUGCAGAUGAACUACCUAUUAGUGGAAAGGGUACUUAUGGUAAUUUUGAAGAUGAAGAAGCACCUCCAAAGAAAUAAAAGCCACCUCCCAGAAAAAAGAAUGAAUAAAAAAAGGAGAAUAAAUAAAUUGAGGAGAGAUAACAAAAUAUUUAUGAUAAUUAAAAUGAAAAUGAACCACCUUUAGGAAAAAUGUAAAAUGAAGAUUUUAAUGAUCAAGAAAAACCAAAACCUAAAAAGAAAGAUCCUAAACUAUUAGAAAAUCUUAAAAAAAGAACAAAAUAUGAUCCAAGAAAAGCAAUAUAGGAAGCUAAGAAAAAAUAAGAAGAAUAAUAAUAAGUUGAAUAAAUUGAUGUUGAAGAUGUAGUUGAAUAAUAAGAGAAAGAAGACCUUCCUUAACAAUAACAGUAGGUUCCUUAAAAAAAAUAGGUUUUAUCAUAAAAAAAUCUUUAAGAAAGGUAAUAAUCACCUAAACCAAAUAAACUUAAUUUGAGUGCGACUCCAGAAAAAUAAGCACCUUCAGUUGAAUAAGUUGGAGAAUGCUCACCUAAAGAUGAUGCUUCUGAUUAAAAGCCAAAGAAUUUUUUAAAAAGAAAAUCUAAAUAAAUUCCAUUAAAAAAUCCAAAAGUAGAUCCUAAAACCGUUAAAUCAAAAGUAAAAAAUUGUUGGAAUGCUGGAAAUACAAUGGAUGAUCCAGAGUUUGAUUGCAAUGAGGAUAUACCUUAAAGUCCUAAAGCUUAUAUAAAUAAUAAAUCUCCUUCUAGAAGGUUUGAAUAAAAGGGAUCAGACUAAUAAUUAAAUUAUUAAUAAUAAUAAUAAUAAUAAUUAUAAUAAUAAUAACUAAUAUAAUAAUAAUAGAUUUAAUAAAAUAAAUCAUAGGGCCCAUUACAUGUGUAAGUGUAAUUAGUUCAAGAGAAUUUAUCAUAAUAUUAAAUAAAUCCGAGCCAUUAAGCUAAUCAUUUGUAAUAGUAGAAAAAGUAAUCUAUUCAACUUGAUGAAUUGGAAAGAGCUUAUUAUUCAAAGUACACCUAAAAAUUAGAAAGUAUAUGAAAUUGAUUAAUAAUUUAGCGACUAAAAUGAAUCUUAAAGUGUUGGAUCAAGAAAGAUAAUAAAAUUCAAGAGGAGUUCCAAUAAUUACAACUAAAUCCAGAUUUUUUACUUCAUUCAGAGUUAAUGAUUUUGAAAGACUCUUAGCCUAGUUAGAGGAUUAAUAUAAUAAAUUGCAAAUAUCAAAAUGA